AUGAGCAACUUACAAGUUCCAAAUAAUAGUGGAGAGCGACAGGGCUCUUUAAUUGACACAAUUAAAACCUUUAACUUGGAUAACAUACACCAUGAUAUACGUCGUAAUUUUGCACAAGUAGAUCCGAGGUUACCUAAAGAAAUAAAAAAUAUCGCAAUUUUGUUGGCGGAAGAAAAAAAUCUUUUGACAAGCUUGCAAAAUGUUUCAGCGGAAAGAAAAGAAGCAAGCAGACUUCUUCAUGUGUGGGGAAAAGAAGGUGGAGAAGACAUUUCUGAUAUUACUGAAAAGUUAGGUGACCUGUUUGCAAAAGUUUCAGAUGUUGAAGCCGUGAUGAUUGAAAAAAAUGGACGUUACCGUAAGAUUCUUAAAAAAAUCCGUGAAGCAGAGGAAAAAUUAAUUCCUUUUAGAGAAAGAAGACGUAAAAUCCAGGAAGAGAUUCAAAAAAUUCAAAAAUCUCAUCCAAAAUCACCACGUAUUCCAGAACUCGAAUCCGAUCUCGUAUUUGUAAAUAAAGAUGCUUUGAAUGAUGAAACAGAAGCGGGAAAUGCGAUUAGGAAACAUUUAAAAGAAGCAUUGACAUUACUUAUUGAUUCUAUGUUUGAAUGCUCGGAAAAAGUUGCAAUUAUUUCUGGUUUUGGAAUGAAUAUUGUUAAUCUAAUUGAUAUUACACCAUGCAAAAUUGGUGAUAAGAGGCCAGAAUAUAAAGGAAGGGAGAUUUCCCAUCAAGCCGUCAAAGAUUGUCAGGUCGCAUUGCUUCGUUGGCAACCAACAUCUCAAGACAUUCAAACUCUCUUACCUGCCUUGACCAAUACUGCUCCUGCGGCAUUGGCUGCUCAGAAAGAAGAAUAUGAACAUAAGAUUAAUCAACUUACUAAUUCAAUGAAUACUUUGAAAGAAGAGCAUGAUAAGCAACUUAGUGAAUUUUCUAGUAAAUUGGAAAAUCAAAAGCGUGAAUACGAAACACAAAAUAACGAGUUUGUCGCUGCUUUAGCCGCUCAAAAAGAAGGAUAUGAGGCACAACUUAACGAUUUGUCUGCUGCCUUAGCUGCAGAAAGACAAACGUUUGAGCAGAAAAUUAAUGAGUCUAAUACCUCUCUAGAAACUCUAAAAGAGCAACAUGAAGCAAAGACAAAAGACCUAUCUCAAUCUUCAGAGGCAAAAAUAAACGAACUGACUGCUGCGUUGGAUGCUCAAAGGAGACAAUAUGAUGAACAAAUUAAGCAAUAUAAUGGCUUGUUGUCUACAAAACAAGAAUAUGAAAUUGCAUUGAAAGAACGUGAUUCACUUAUUUCUAAACUCCAAAGUGAUAUUAGCAGUGUUGCAACUGAAAAAGGAAAAUUAAGUCAAGUUGUAAAAGAAUUGGAGGAAACUAUUAAAUCUAAAUCGACAACGGUUGAACAAAAGGAAGAUAAAGUUGGUCAAUUAGAGAGUGAAAUUUCUAGUAUAAAGAAUCAACUUGCUAAUUUAUCAAUUAGCGCACCUGUUACAACACCACUCUCAGAUCCAGGCAAUCGCCCUAAUAGUAAUUCAUCAACUUCGGUUGAUGAGACAUCUUCAGAUCCUCUGAUCGGACCACAUGUUCCACCAUUCCAAGUCGGUGGACAGCAACCACCGCCAUCGGGAGGAUAUUACCAACAAACACCAUAUGGAAAUUAUACACCACAACCUCAAUUUUAUCAAGGUCAACAGCAGUAUUAUAAUCAAGGUCAAACACCGUACGGUUACCAACAACCUAUUUAUGGACAGCAAGGGCCACCUUCAGGUUAUCAAGGCUAUCAAACUUCAGGUUAUCAACAACAAGGAUCGUUUGUUGGUGGAUUCAUGAUUCCUGAUGAUGCCCCUCCAGCGUAUGAUGGUCCUAAAGAUGGAUAUAAGGAUGAUAAAAAAGAAAAGAGCUAA